GCCCGGAAUACUUGCCUUCCUUGGACCACUAUUAUUGAGUCGAAGAUCAUGAUUCCAAAUAAGUCAAGCAAGCAACAAAAAGGACGGAUUUUAUAGAAGAAAAGAAACACAAGCACGAGGUAGGUAGUAGGAAGUAGGAACCAUCGAUCCAUGGCGGCUGCAGCUCACAUGGACUUAGUAUACCAAUUCAUUGAUGCGACGACGAAACUUGCUCUAGCGCAGAGGCUUCUGCUGUUCGCCCUCCCUCUCGUGCUGCUGCUGCACGUCGCCUCCCGAAGCCGCCGGAAGCAGGCGAAGCCUCUGCCGCCUUCGCCUCCGAGGCUGCCCGUCCUCGGCCACCUGCUCCACGUCGGCGCCCGCCCGCCCGUCUCCCUCCGCGACCUUGCCGCCAGAUACGACCCCGGCGGCGGUGGCCUCAUGCUCCUCCGCCUCGGCACCGUGCUGAGCCUCGUCGUGUCCUCCCCGCGCGCGGCGCGGGCGGUCCUGCGCACGCACGACCAUGCCUUCGCCUCGCGGCCACCGUCCAGGAUCGUCGACGACCUCGUCUACGGGUCGUCCAACGUCGGCUUCGCCCCCUACGGAGAGUACUGGCGGCGGGCCAGGAAGCUCGUCACCGUGCACCUCCUCACCGCCAAAAAGGUGCGCUCCUACCGCGCCGCCCGCCAGGAGGAGGCGGGCCUGGUGGUGGCCAAGCUCCGGGAGGCAGCGGCCGCGAGCGCGGCGGUGGACGUCGGCGGCGCGGUGAACGCGUUCGCCAACGACAUCAUCUGCCGCGCCGUGUGCGGCAAGUUCUUCCGGGAGGAAGGCCGGAACAGGCUCUUCCGGGAGCUGAAUCACAUGACCACCGUCCUGGUCGCAGGAUUCAACGUGGAGGACUACUUCCCAGGGCUCGCGAGUUUUCUGGGUGUGUUCACCAGGUUUAUGAGCAACAAAGUGAGCCAGACGCACCAGAGAUGGGACAUGUUGCUUGAGGAGAUAAUAAGCGACCACGAGAGGCGAAGAAUCGCUGAUCAUUGGAGCGGCGCAGGUGGUGGUGGUGGUGGUGGUGAUGAUGAUGAUGAUGAAGAAGAAGAAGAGACUGACUUCAUCGAUGUGAUGCUCUCCGUUCAGGAGGAGUAUGGUAUCACAAGAGAUCAUAUCAAGGCCAUCUUGAUGGACAUGUUCGAGGCGGGCACGGCCACAUCAUCUUUGGUUCUGGAAUUCGCCAUGGUCGAGCUCAUGCGCAACCCUCAUCUCAUGGCCAAGCUGCAAGAUGAGGUGAGGAGGAACACACCAAAGGGACAAGAAAUGGUGAAGGAAGAGAACCUUGCUAGCAUGGCCUAUCUAACAGCCGUCGUGAAGGAGACACUAAGGUUACACCCACCCGCUCCGCUCCUCAUACCUCACCAAUCCAUGGCUGACUGCGACAUCGAUGGCUACACAAUCCCCAGUGGAACUAGGGUCAUCAUCAACGCAUGGGCUAUUUCGAGAGAUCCAAAGUCGUGGGAGAAGGCGGAGGAGUUUAUGCCUGAGAGGUUCAUGGAUGGUGGGAGCUCUGCGGACAUUGACUUCAAGGGGAAAGACUUUCAGUUUACACCAUUCGGGGCUGGCCGGAGGAUGUGCCCGGGCGCCAACUUUGGGUUGGCCACUAUCAAUAUCAUGCUGGCGAACCUCAUGUAUUGUUUUGACUGGAUGUUACCGGAGGGCAUGGAGAAGGAGGAUAUUGAUAUGACAGAGGUGUUUGGAUUGACAGUCCAUCGUAAGGAGAAGCUCAUCCUUGUUCCCAAACCACCACAUGAUACUUUUGCUCACCCCAUGCAUACCUAAGACAGGAUCAAUAAAGGCGUAAUCAGUAAAGUUUUGCAAUUUUGAUGUACCGCUUGUAAGUGUCCGUGCAUCUCUCUCUCCCUCCCUCUCCCUCUCCCUCUCUCUCUCUCUCUCCCUCUUUCUCAAAUUGUGUGAGAGAGAAAGGAUGUUGUAUAAGCUCUAUCUAUGCAGUAAUACAAUAUUUCAUAAAGAAGUUACAAAAUCCUAUAUGAUGCUGCUUUUCUUGUGAAAUUAAGAGCUAGAGGAAGAAAUAAGACAACCA